AUGGAGCAACCACCUGGGUUUGUUGCUCAGGGGAAGUACCAGAAAUAUGUUUGGCAUGUUAUCCUUGUAGUUUAUGUAGAUGAUAUUGUAAUAACUAGUGAUGAUGCAAAUGGGAUUGCUCGAUUGAAGCAGUUUCUACAAAAACAUUUCCAAACCAAAGAUCUAGGCAAGCUUCGAUAUUUUUUGGGUAUUGAAGUUGUCAGGUCUUGGGCAGGUAUCAACUUAUCUCAGAGAAAAUAUGUACUUGACCUGUUAGAUGAGACGGGUUUUCUUGGAGCUCGUCCAGUUGAUAUCUCUAUGGAUCCUAAUGUGAAGCUUUUGAAGGAUGAAGAAGAAUCAUUUGUAGAACCAGGAAAAUAUCGUCGUUUGGUUGGAAAAUUGAAUUAUCUUACUAUCACACGAUCGGAUAUUUCUUAUGCAGUCAGUAUUGUUAGUCAGUUCUUGAAUGCUCCUCGAGUUUCUCAUGGGAAGCUAAUAGAAGGAUUUACAGAUGCGGAUUGGGCAGAUUCUCCGUCAGAUAGACAAUCUACUACUGGAUUUUGUACUUUUCUCGGUGGUAAUCUUGUCUCUUGGAAAAGUAAGAAACAGACAAUAGUUACAAGGUCAAGUGCAGAAGUAGAAUAUAGGGCAAUGGCUCAUACUACUAGUGAAUUGGCAUGGUUGCAGCACUUUCUUCAAGAAAUCAGUCUUUCACCCUCUACUCCUAUACCAAUGUUCUGUGAUAAUCAGGCUGCUUUACAUAUUGCAUCCAAUCCAAUUCUCAAAGACAGCUAA